UCUUACACGAGUAUCUUUCCUUCCAUGCACCACCAACUUCGCCGACGGUAGAUGAAGUCGCGGUGGGGGACAUGCUUGGCUACGUUACCAAGGUGGCCCGCGAGUUUGUCUCGCAACGGCACGAAGAAAACAACGCACCGUUGCUCUACGUUCGCAUUCAGAUUGGGCAAGCGGCCUGCAACGCUUUGCUAGAUUGCGGCGCAACUUGCAACUUCAUCAACCAGUCCUUCAUGACUCGGGCUGGCCUUGGCGCACAAGUACGGAGGAAGUCACACCCGACGACGGUCGCUCUUGCCGAUGGUAAGACGAAAAAGCUUUUAGACCGUUACAUCUCGGCUGUCCCGGUGUACUUUGCACCGCACGCAUGUGAACCCGUUACUUUUGACGUGUUGGACACCGACUUCGAUGUCAUUUUGGGGAUGCCUUGGCUUUCUAGCGCGGACCACACUAUCAAUUUCCAUCGACGCACGCUCACGAUUCGUGAUGCAACUGGCGCCGAGGUCCCGUGUACUAUUCCUCCUCCUCGCUCUUCCAUUAGGUGCCAAGUCGUGAGUGCCAAAUCUUUUCGCGAUACAUGCCGUUCCGAGCAUGUCGAAGAGAUUGGCAUCGCUUUGCUUCGAACCGUCCCGACGACCGAUUCGUCGUCCACAGAAGUGUCUUCCGACCCCCUUGUGACCCGGUUGUUAGACGAGUUCUCGGAUGUUUUUGAGACACCCUCCGGUAUAGUGCCGGACCGGCCAAUCUCUCACGAGAUCAUACUUGAGGCCGGCGCCGUGCCACCGAAAGGAUGCAUUUAUCGCAUGUCCGAGGAGGAGCUCCCGGCUCUUCGUGUGCAACUCGACGAUCUACUCGACAAGGGUUGGAUCCGCCCUAGCAGCUCACCUUACG